AUGAAUCAACCUACUGAUCUCACAGCUCAACAGUAUGAAUCAAGAAAAGCCACUGUGCUUCACGUGCUCAUCAACUCGUCGAUAAAUGAUUUAUUAGAACGUUACUCGUCUCUCGACAAAAUCCUCCGUAUAAUUGCAUAUGUACUUCGAUUUGGAACAACACGUGCUGCACCUCUGCUUUCUACUGCUAUAGGUGCCGAUGAACUAGCACAUGCAUUGACUGCUCUGAUAUAUUUCACGCAACGCACCGCCUAUUCUGACGAUAUUGACAAACUGUCCAAGCGGGUUCGCCCAUCCAAGGACCUUCGUAGUUUGGAUUUGUUCCUUGACCCAUCUGGUAUCGUCAGAGUGGGCGGUCGACUUACAAAUGCCAAUAUUCCAUAUGCGCACAAGCAUCCAGCUCUCUUACCUUCGUCUCAUGUGUUGACCAAACUGAUAAUUGAUCAUCAUCACAUUCGGUUGAAACAUCCUGGUGCUCAUACCCUACAAUCGCAUCUACAACAAGAGUAUUGGAUUCAGUCAGCUCGUCGAACUAUACGCUCUCGUCUCCGGUUAUGUAUCUCUUGCUUCAAAACAAGACCAAGAAUCAUUGAACCAAAAAUGGCUGCGUUACCCAAAUAUCGUGUUCAGCAAAUAAAACCAUUUUCGAUCACGGGAGUAGAUUAUGCUGGUCCUGUUCUGAUAAAACGUUCGCACGGACGCUCCUCUGCUUCAAUGUCAGCGUAUAUCUGUUUGUUUGUGUGCACAGCUACCAAGGCACUACACCUGGAGCUGAGUUCUGACCUGAGCACCGAGACUUUUCUAUUAGCAUUUACUCGCUUUGUCGCUCGACGUGGUCCUGUCCGCGAAAUGCAUAGUGACUGUGGCACAAACUUCGUGGGUGCAUCACGAAUCCUGACUCCGUUGAAAACCUUCCUUCACUCAAGUUCCUUUCAAGAUCGAGCACAUCAACAGUUAGCGAAAACUGGUGUAAAAUGGUUCUUCAAUCCUCCCUCGUCACCACAUUUCGGCGGGUUGUGGGAGGCUGGUGUCAAAUCUGCCAAGGCACUGAUUCUCAGGUCAGUUGGCACACAUCGAUUAACCAGUGAAGAACUAAUGACACUACUCGCCCAAGUUGAAGCCACGCUGAAUUCUAGGCCAUUAGGCGCUUUGAGUAAUGACCCGUCUGAUCUCUCUGCCUUAACGCCCAGCCAUUUUUUAACCCUCGAGCCUUCAGCAAAUCUGCCUGAACCCAACAUAGACUCACUUCCACUGUCUAAGAUGCAACGGUGGCGUCUCAUCACUGACCUGCAUCGCCACUUCUGGGCGAGAUGGAAAAAUGAGUACCUAUCCAGUCUACAACACCGGAGAAAAUGGUCUGACAAUCAAGGGAAAUUGGCUCUUGAUGAUCUUGUCCUGAUCAAAGAGCCCACGGCUCCUCUUCAUUGGCACCUCGGACGAAUCGUAAAGCUGCAUCCUGGAUCGGACGGAGUUUCCCGCGUUGCAACCGUUCGAACUGCAACGGGCCUCCUGACCAGACCUGCUGUCAAGCUUUGUCCUCUACCUUCUCCUUGA